AUGCCCAUCUUCCUCAUGUACCUGAUGGCAAUUAUCGGGAACUGCCUGCUGCUGAGCCUGAUUAUGAUGGGAAAACAUCUACACAGCCCCAUGUACUAUUUCCUUUGUACUUUGUUCAUCGCUGACAUAAUUGUGUGCAGCUCCGUUGUCCCGAGAAUGCUGGCCAUCUUCUGGAUGAACGUCAAGGAGAUCACCUCCUUCUCCUGCCUUGUUCAAAUGUUCUUCGUUCAUUAUUUCAGCUCUUUUGAAUCUGGAAUUCUCCUGGCCAUGGCCUUCGACAGAUACGUGGCAAUCUGCAACCCUCUCCAUUACACCACCACGCUGACCAGCACCCUAAUAGUAAAGAUAGUCACAGUUUUCCUUAUAAGAGGGACCAUUAUAGUGACUCCAUGUCCAGUGAUGGCCAGUAGACUACCAUACUGCCAGACCAACCGUAUUGCCCACUGCUAUUGUGACCAUAUGGCAGUGGUGAAAUUGGCUUGUACCGAUGUCACUAUCAACAGUGUCUUUGGGUUGACCGUUGUCCUGUUUGUCAUUAUAUGUGAUGUCACCCUCAUUGCUGUGUCCUACUACUUCAUCCUGAGGACAGUAUUGAAGCUCUCCUCUCAGGCUGCCAAAAAAAAAGCCUUUAGCACCUGUACGUCCCAUGUCUGUGUCUUCCUCACGUCCUACACCCUGGGAGCCUUCUCCUGUGUGACCUACAGGAUAGGUGCCAUUGUCCCGUGUAUUCACAUCAUAAUGGCCAUCUUUUAUGUGCUCAUCCCACCAGCCAUAAACCCCAUCAUUUAUGGUGUGAAGACCAAGGAGAUCAGGACUGCCGUUUACAAAGUCAUCACACAACUAUGA